AUGAUUGGUGGCCGCUUCUUAAGACGAAAGGGUGAAUUGGCUACAAAUUCUCAGGAAAAGAGUGUAGCAGAAAAUGAAAAUGUAUCAGACCAAAGAAGAGAAACAUGGUGGAGAGAAUUAUUACGGCCAACCCCAAUCCCAGGCUUUUACCCAGUUCGAGAUUUUCUUGAAGAUGCUCAGCUGAACCCAGUGAAAGCGACCUAUAAUUUUAAAAGUGAAGGGAGAAAGAGAGCGUCCAUCUAUGAACAACUGCCUGAUUUGACCUUGCCAAAUACUUUGUACAAUCCUCCUUCAUUUGUGGAAAUGGCACAGAAAAAAAAUGCUACUUAUUCCUUUAAGAGUACCUCAAGGCAAAGCAACUAUUCAGUCUUCAGAGAUAAGAAUAUAAACACUGAUCCUGGACAGUAUAAUCUUUUCCCUCCUCCAGUUCCCACUUUUCCAACUAAGAAUUAUAUGUUUCGAUCUGCAGUUCAGAGACUUCCCAUUUUCCUCCCGAACGAAGGUCCAGGCCCAGGUGAGUAUGAAAUAAAGCAUACCCAACCAAUUCCAAUACGAUCAUCCUUCAUGUCAAAAGUACCACGGCUAUUACCAGUCCACACUAAAGUCCCUGGUCCAGGAUAUUAUUGGCCUACCAAGCAGGCACCACAACAGCCUAGAACCAUUGCCAGCCUUGGACGGGAACAUACCAUUUUCUUUAGCAAUGUUCCUGAACUUUAG